AUGAUGAUGACCUCUACCCCACCACCAACGGCAGCGGCAGCCCGCCUCUGCGAUCGGCCGCAACGGAGCAUCAGGAGGCGGGCAUCCUUGUCAAGCAAGCGUCGCCUCUCCCUCUUCCCCACUUCGUCUUCCUCCACAGCAGCAGCUACAGCCGCAGCCCUCUUCCUGCUAGCCUCUCUGCCGACGCUCGCAGACGCUAGACAGAAACUGCUGAUCUACACGCGCACAGAGGGCUACCGCCACCUUUCGAUCCCCACAGCGAUCGCCAACGUCAAGGAGCUGUGCAAUCAGAAUGGCGUCGACGUCUACGCGACCGAGGACGAGAGCAAGAUGGAGGACAAGAGUUGGCUCUACGGCUUUGAUGCGCUUGUGUUCAUCUCCACCAGCGGCGAUGCGCUCACCGGAAAGGGCAUUAGUAAUAUGAGGAAUUACAUCCAGGACGGCGGGGGCUUCUUCAGCGCUCAUGAGGCGUGCGAUGCCCUCCUCACCACCCCUUGGUAUCUUCGCCUGGUCGGUGCGCAGUUCGACUAUCACCCGGAGAUCUGUCAUGCCACCCUCAAUGUGCACAAUGAGGACCAUCCGUCCGUCGCGCACCUCAACUCGACGUGGAAGGUGUUCGACGAGAUGUACAACUUCCUCUCCGACCCGCGCAAGCUCGGCUACCAGCUCGUACUCUCCGCUGACGAUCACUCGUAUCACGACCCGGUGAACCCGAUCCCGGAGCGCAUCCGUUUGCAGGGUAACCCGCACCCAAUCGCCUGGUUCAAGGAAGGCAACCUCCUCACGCAUCCCGCACACAAGAAGAUCGGCGGCGGCGUCGACAACAAUAAGAACGCCAUCCGCAAAGGCACACAGGGCGUCGGUGGCGCCGGCAGGAGCUUCUACACUGCCCUUGGCCACACCGACGAGCAGUGGGAAGACGAGACUUUUCACAAACAUGUAUGGGGCGCCAUCUCCUGGGUACUCGACUCACCCUCGAUCCAAUCAAACAGCGGCAACACUUCGGCGCCAGGGACGGCGUACACCGGCACGCCGCACUCCAGCAGUAAGGGCUCCAGCAGCAGUAACGGUGGAGCCGGCAGCGGUGAUGCCAACUCCGGCGGCGCGCCCACUGAGGUCGCCGGCGCUGCGUCGCCGCGCGCAGCCGCAGGUACGCUUGCUCUACUCAUCGCUGCUGCAUCUGCCGCGGUGCUUGCUAUUGCGUUCUAG